UGCGGAACAUCGACUGUUCUAGAUCGGUCUAUUCCGGCGGGAAUUGACCAGACUAUUUUUUAAUCUUAUUUUAGCACUCACCUACCUCUCUUUCGAUUCUUACUUAACUUCAGUCCACCCAAUUUCGUAUUGAUCCUCCUCCUCUCUCUCUCUCUCUCUCGGCGCGUGCGUGGUUUGCGAACUCGAUCGCUGCACUCGCUGCUCCAAGGAAUUCGCGAUGGCUUCACAGAGUGGUCCGGAAGCAGCGGAGGAGCACACGUCUGGUGCAGACAUACAGUCGUUUUUCGACUCAGCUCCUCCGCUGAAAAAUAGUCUUGAAAUCACAGACAAGUUGAAGGAGUUUCUCGACAAGAAUUCAAUACCGACCGGAGACGGAAGAGCUAACCGAGUUGUUUGCGUGACCUCGGGUGGAACGACUGUCCCUCUAGAGCAGCGCUGUGUCCGCUACAUUGAUAACUUCAGCUCAGGCCAUCGAGGAGCAGCUUCCACUGAGUACUUUUUGAAGGCAGGUUAUGCGGUUAUCUUUCUGUAUCGCAGGGGAACCUGCCAGCCCUUUUGUAGAUCUUUGCCAGAUGAUCCCUUCCUUGAAUGUUUCGAGUUUAUAGACAAGUCCCACGUUAAAGUGAGGGAGCCACAUUCUGAAGCUGUGAAGAUGGCUAUCAGUGAUCAUCACAAUGUAAUUGAAAAAGGACUAUUGCUGAAACUUCCCUUCACAACCAUUUUUGAAUAUCUUCAGAUGUUACAGAUGGUUGCAACAUCACUUAGGGUUCUUGGGCCACAUGCAAUGUUUUAUCUUGCAGCUGCAGUGUCUGAUUUUUAUGUACCUUGGAAAAGCAUGGCAGAACACAAGAUACAGUCAGGAUCAGGUCCGCUUGAUAUGAGUCUCGUUCAAGUUCCAAAAAUGCUAGCUGUCUUGAGAAAAGAGUGGGCUCCAUUUGCCUAUUGCAUUUCAUUUAAGCUAGAGACUGAUAAGAACAUCCUGCUGAAGAAGGCAGAUAUGGCUCUUAGUAAGUACAAAAUGCAUGUGGUAGUGGCCAAUGAGCUUUUAACUCGGAAAGAGGAGGUCGUCGUCGUCACAGGUGAUGGAAAGGUUCCAGUUUGCCGAGACAAGACCCAGGUUGACAGUGAUGUGGAGGAUCCCCUCGUCAAACUUCUAGUUGAGAAACAUUCAAUUCACUUAGAAGAUUCUUGCUCAUGAAAAUAUAAAUUGUCAAGAUGUUCAACCUGUCAUAGAUACUGCUAAUUGUCAUGAUUGAUCAAUUCCCAUAGGUUUCAAUUCUCUCAAUUUCUGUGACGUGAUAACUGCUUAGGGCAGGUGUUUUUUUAGAGUUUGGCAAUACCUCUUUGCCUUAGCAUUUGUGUCAUAUUUUCCAAUUUCAUUUACAGAACGACAUUGUCGGUGCUCUUGAGGCAACUGUAAUAUUACUCCUCGUGGCUGUAAUGCAUUCUGAAAGAGAGUUCGAAAAGAAAUAUUAUAGUUCUUGAAGCUUUUGGAGUGUUACCCAA